CUUUUCAAGAUGACGAGGUCACGAGACAGGAGUGGUACCAUGUAUCCGUGAAUAUCAGAGUUUGUCAGCCGUCCAUUCUCUCUCUUCUCUUCUCUUCUCAUCUCUGAAUUGAGGAGAGGCGUUGGUGUGGGAGAUACACACACACACACACACACACACACACACAUAUAUAUGGCUUUGUCUGCAAAUACUACUAGUAUCAUAUCUCACAAGUACAACCGAACCCUAACUGGUGCACCCCAUUUUCCUUCUUUACUGAAGCUUAAAAAAAACCCAAUUGUCUCUGUGUCUCAACAUCGUCUCCCCAUCUCUGCAACUUCUUCCUCCACUACCAAGACCGACCCGGAUGUAGUUCAACUUCAGGAGGACCAGAACCCCAGCUUCACUCUCCAACCUCCAAUCACUAGUUGGUCAGAAUUUGCAACAAAAGUGUCCGGUGAAUGGGAUGGGUACGGGGCAGAUUUUACAAGUGAAGGGAAGCCUAUUGAACUUCCUGAAUCUGUUGUACCCGGAGCUUUCAGGGAAUGGGAGGUUAAGGUGUUUGACUGGCAGACUCAGUGCCCAACUCUUGCUAAACUGGAAGAUUUUGAUGCUACAUACAAAUUGAUAAAGCUACUUCCUACAGUUGGAUGUGAAGCCGAUGCUGCAACAAGGUACAGCAUUGAUGAUAGAAAUAUAGGAGGCGUAGAUAACAAGGUUUCUUCCUUUGCAUAUCAAUCUAGUGGAUGUUAUGUAGCGGUUUGGGUGAUAGAGGACCGUGCUACAUAUAGAUUAUUAGAGUUGGAGCAUUGCUUGAUUGAUCCUAGAGAUCAGGAGUCACGCAUGCGGAUAAUUCAGGUUGUCCGUGUUGAAAAGACUAAGUUGGUUUUACAGAAUAUCAAAGUCUUUUGUGAGCAAUGGUAUGGGCCAUUCAGAAACGGAGAGCAGCUGGGUGGAUGUGCUAUUCGUGAUUCUGCAUUCGCUUCCACAGACGCCUUGAAAAGUUCAGAAAUAACUGGUGUUUGGCAGGGUCUCAAUGCUGUUGCCAGCUUUCAACAGUCUCAGACUAACAUUCUUGCAGAGCUUUUAGAUGACAGCGUGCGCAAGUCAGUAAGAGAUGAACACAAUCUCAUAUUGCUCCCAAAGCAAUUAUGGUGCUCACUGAACGAAAGGGAAAAUGGUGAAACUUGGUGUGAGGUGGGAUGGCUGCUAGAUCAGGGAUUUGCUAUUACAUCAAAAUGCAUCUUCUUAGGGGAUGCAAAGUUAAAGGAAAUUACAAUAGCAUGUGAAACUGCAGAUUUGGCACAAUAGCGUUCAAACCUGCAGCCAUGGACAGUAUAAAGUAAUCUAUUGCAACGCCCACUCGCAUAAAGCACCGGCAUACAAGACAACUCAAAAUUGUUACUCUACCAUCCAGCAGUGAUUCAGUUGCAACUUCAACAACAAAAAUAUUGGGUGAAACAGAAAAUGUUGUAAUGGGUAGAUUCGAGCUUAUGGGUCAGUCUGUAAAAUAGUGUAUGAUAUAUGUUUGAUUACAACUAUAAUACUAAAUCAUAUUUUCUUAAUCAAAUUUGUACUAUGGCACUCA